UUAACGGGUAGAACUGGGUAUUACGAUUAAUUUGGGGUGGAAAAUAGUAUUUCCCAAAAUCUGCAAGUUUCGGCCUGAUUAAUAAGAAAUGGGAGUGUGACGUGUCAUUUCCGCAACUUUGAUUUUUCUCUCAAAACCCUAAAAUUGAUUUGUUGAAACCACUCCUCCUCCUCCUCAUCUCACGCGGCCGCCACCUCCUCUCACGCCGCCGCCACCUCCUCCUCUUCUCCUCCUCUCACGCCGCCGCCUCCUCCUCUUCUCCUCCUCUCACGCCGCCGCCUCCUCUUCUCCUCCUCUCACGCCGCCGCCGCCUCUUCUCCUCUCACCUCCUCCUAAUUUCUAUGGCGGAUAAUCAAUUUACGUCAACUGCGCGUUUUGAAUUACCUAUCGGUGUGGAUUCGUUGCCUGCAAUUAGCGGGAUUCCGACGUCUGCUAACGUGGCUAAGGAGACGCAUCGGAUGAUUCAGAUCCACGCCGCUCAAGCGAUGAGCAACGGUGCAUCGAUGGACCUCUCUGCAUACGGCGAUUCGAUCGUCCGCCAUUUCAAGGUUGUCGGAUCAUCAUCAGGCAUGCUGACUAACGAUAACAUUGCAAAUGUUAUGCAGAAACUAACCGAUAAGAUCACCCAACAGAUCUCUGCUGGCCAGAAAGAUCUAGAGAAAAACCUCGAGCAAGGUUUCCAAAGCCAUAAGCGAGACAUCCAAAACGACCUUCAAAAUCUGAGGCAAGAGGUUCUUCUUCUCCGGCAAGAUGUUCAAGGUCUAUCUGCCCACUAUAACGCAAUGAAUGCGCGACUCUACAAUAGUCGUUUCGCUGAAUCCGGGAAAGUCCAGUACCAAACUGUUGUCAAGCUCACCCCAGGUCAUCCAUUUCCCAAUCCUCCGACCUUUCAAAAUUUUCAACUCGCUACUUCUUAUUCUGUUAAUGCCCAUCCUCCCAUUGGCCUGCUCCCUACAAAUCGGGACAUGCUGCGAGAUAUGAUCAUUGGUCAGCUUCAUGAAAUUCGACCAAGGAUGCGGGCCAUAUUCUGGUUCUACAACGAUUCCCGUCUCAGCUUGGACGAAAAUGCCCAUCUAGGUGGCUGCAACAGCUUUCUCGUAGCUUUAGAGGAUUUUCUCAAACUUUCAUGAACAUCUCUAGCCGUAUUUGUUGAUGUGCUGCAGAACAGAUAGUGCAGAUCCAAAGGAAUCCAUUU